UGGCCCGGGUGCUUUUCUCAAGUUCUUUGGCGCUGAAGGGCUCGGCCCCUGGUAGGCCUUGAAGGAUGACCUGCUUCUCUUGCGAUGGCCUUGUAUUGGUAUCCAGAGCAGGCUCUCUAACUAGCCACUUACAUACAGGACUCAUGUGCUCCAGAGGCCAAGGGUUUCUCCUGGCAGAACUGUGAACAAAGAAGCCCAUGGGGCUGAGGAGCAUGUGAAACUUUGUCAUGGACUUACCUCUGACAACUUUAUUCUUGAAUCUUUUGAUUUCACUCUUACAGCUUGGCAAUCAGUGUAUAGAUACAUUUUUUUCUUCACUCAAGAAGAAUUUUGGCUUUUUCUUCUCUUUUUCUUUUUUUGCAGGAUACCUCAUGAAGACCUAACCUUUGGUGUAAGUCACCCUCUUUAUUAGCUGCUCGAAGACGAAGACUAGUCUGCUUUACUUCCCCACCUUUGACCUGAGUCAAAUAAAGAUUGCCUGUCGGGACUGAGUUGUUUGGUUCCCCCCUUGCUGUGCUUGAAGUUACCUUCAUCUCUAUUUUAUCAUUUGCACUCUGACAGCAAGUCACUGGAGCAGCCAUGGGCUGUUUCUGUGCAGUGCCUGAGGAAUUUUAUUGUGAAGUUCUACUUCUGGAUGAAUCCAAAUUAACCUUAACCACACAGCACCAAGGGAUAAAGAAGUCAACGAAAGGGUCGGUUGUCCUGGGCUACGUAUUCCGGCAUUUAAACCUCAUUGAGAUAGAUUAUUUUGGACUGCGCUACUGUGACAGAAGUCACCAGACGUUCUGGCUGGAUCCUGCAAAGACUCUUACAGAACAUAAAGAACUCAUAAAUACUGGCCCACCUUACACAUUGUAUUUUGGUGUAAAAUACUAUGCAGAAGAUCCAUGCAGACUAAAAGAAGAAAUCACCAGGUAUCAGUUCUUUUUACAGGUGAAGCAAGAUGUCUUACAAGGGCGCUUGCCUUGUCCUGUCAACAUUGCUGCUCAGUUGGGAGCUUAUGCAAUACAGGCUGAACUUGGAGAUUAUGAUCCAUGCAAGCACGCUGCAGGUUAUGUUUCAGAGUACCGCUUUGUUCCUGACCAGAAAGAAGAAUUGGAAGAUGCCAUAGAACAAAUACACAAGACUCUGACAGGCCAAGUUCCAGCUGAGGCAGAACUGAAUUACUUAGGAGUAGCAAAGACACUUGAAAUGUAUGGAGUGGAUCUUUAUCCUGUCUAUGGUGAAAACAAAUCUGAAUAUUUUUUAGGACUGAAGCCUAUAGGAGUAGUUGUCUAUAAGAAUAAAAAGCAAGUAGGAAAGUAUUUUUGGCCUAGAAUUACCAGGGUCCACUUCAAAGAAGCUCACUUUGAACUUAGAGUUUUGGGAAAAGAUUGUAAUGAAACUUCCUUCUUUUUUGAAGCACACAGCAAAACUGCAUGCAAGCAUUUAUGGAAAUGCUGUGUAGAACAGCACACAUUCUUCAGAAUGCCAGAAAAUGAAUCUAGUUCUCUAUCAAGAAAACUUGGCAAACUUGGAUCUCUUGGUUAUAAACAUCGAUAUAGUGGGAAGACAGCUAUGCAAAUGAAUAAAGACAUUUCUAUCCAGCUUCCUCGACCUAACCAAACAGUUGAAAGAAGUCGUAGUAAGACCUAUCCAAAAAGAACAUCAAAAGCACAACAAUUCGGGUCACAUUGUACAAACCAGGUUAUUACGCACAGAGAAACUGGGGAAAUUGAAGGAAGAGCCAAAAUUAUUGCUCCAUCACCAAUUAAAAGUUUUAAAAAGUCAAGAAAUGAAAGCAGCCCAGAAACUCAAAGAAGUAAAACCAGUGCACCAUGGGAAGAAAACUGUCCUCAGAGUGGGCUUUAUAAUUCUCCCAGUGACCGAACUAGAUCACCAAAGUUUCCUCAUUCACGACGACAUCCUUCAGGUGGAAGUGAAAAUGAGCCUGCACAGCCAUUCAGAAGAAGAUCACGAUCCCGUUGCAAUACCAGCAGUGGUAGCGAAUCAGAAAAUUCUAACAGAGAACAUCGAAAGAAGAGACACAGGUUACGACAAGAGAAUGACAUGGUUGAUUCAGCUCCUCAGUGGGAAGCAGUGCUGAGGCGACAAAAAGAAAAAAACCAAUCUGAAACUAUCCAUCGGCGUUCCAGGCACAGAUCACGAUCGAGAAGCCCAGAUGUUCAAGCAAAAGAAGAAUUAUGGAAACACAUUCAAAAAGAACUCGUGGAUCCAUCUGGCCUAUCUGAGGACCAACUAAGAGAGAUUCCAUAUACUAAAAUAGAGACACAAGGUGAUCCUGUUCGCAUUAGACACUCACAUUCUCCUCGAAGCUAUCGCCACUAUCGACGGUCCCAGUGCUCUGAUGGAGAGAGAUCUGUUCUGUCAGAAGUGAAUGCCAAAGCAGAACUUGUGCCUCCACUACCAGUUACCCGCUCCUCAGAUGCUCACUGUCCCACCACUGCAGUAUCUCACCAGCGGCGAAAUGGAUCGAAGGACAGCUUGUUAGAAGAAAAGGUACAAACAUCUAUCAACUGUGUGGAUGGAAAACACAGUGCUAAGACUAUAAAGAUUGUUCCGGCAUCAAGGCUUAAGACAGAGACCUGAUUUUUAUCACACACAGGACUGUGGAGGAAUGCUGCAUCUUAAAAUCCAAAUAAACACCUUUAGCUGGAGUUUUUUUUUAAUUAAGAAACUAUAAAAUAAUCUUAAGAACAUUCUGGAUUUCUGUGAAGAUGCUGUUUGAGUUUCAGUAAAAAAGAAGGCAGCUGCCAUCAUGAACAUACAGUAAAACUAAGAUGCAAGUUAAUCCAGAUCGUAAUGGACAGACAGCACCCCAAGUGUCAUUAAGUAUAUGAUUUCAAAAUGGAGGCAUCAGUAAAGGUUUUCAAGGAUCAGUGCAUUUAUCAAAGGUGCAAUAGAUGUUCUUUAUUAUAAGGGCUGUAAUUCAUAUGCCUAUACUUGCCUAGCAAGUAUGUACUCCUUUAUUGUUCAUAACAGUGUUGAAUCUUUUGUUACCUGAUAGAACAUCCUUAAUACAAGGAAUUAAUCAUGAACAUUAUUAAGUUAUGCAAACCCAGAUGCCCUUUCAAUGAAUUGAUCACAGUUUAAUUCUCAGUAAGAUGUUUUAAAAUAGAGAAUAUUGCCAAAGUUAUUAGUGCAUUUUCUUGGUUCUCUAAGCACUGAAUAAUAGUAACCAAUGCAGAGAACAUGGUUUUGUUUGAAAUCUAUAGCAAGUAUAUCUGGCAGUUUUUACAAAUCUCCUGGGUGUGGCUGUAGUCUUCUAAACAAGCUAGUACUUUAUUUGAAUGAAGUAUAAGGCCAGCAUCCUUUUUGUUGGUAUUUCUAAAAUUUUUCAGCAACAGGCCUGAUAGUGAUGUUACUGAAAGGAAGGGGCUGAAUUUUUCCUGUUUACUCUAUUGAAGAGGGGUGGAGGGUAUGAGGUGAUAGACAUGUAAUGUCUGAAAUUAAUUUGAUUUCCUGCUGAGAAUGAGUAGCUUGCUGAAUUUUGGAAGUACAAUUUUGUAGCACUCUAGGAAUAGCAAAAAGAGUUGGGGACCCAUGGAUUCUUCAUGCCUGUAGUGUAUUUGGAAUUAUUCUGCUAUCUAAUUCACAAGACUACUUCCAGCAGAAACAAAUAUGGUUGGUACCAGAAGGGACUGAAGGAAAUAGUAAAUUAUACAUGUUGUGCAAAAUCUUUUUGAAGUCCUUGUUAGGCAAGGUGAUAAAAAUACAGAGAACAUUUCCCUAGUUAAUUUGCUUGAAUGGAUAGGUUAGUUGCCCUGCUCUUCUUUUGCAGAGAAAGAAAAGCGAGCCAAAUUUAAAAAAAACUGAAGAGAAAUGUGAUUUACAAUUCUUGCUACCAUAUGCAUCCAUUUGCAUUUCUGGACUGCUUUGAAGAUGUGCAUUUAUAAAUACAACUCACCCAGAAGACAUGUUGAAUGUAGGAAAGAACAUAGAUUCGCUUAGAUCUGACUAUGUAAAAAUUAGUUCUCGAAAAGAAGGUUCCAUCUGAAAGAUGUAUUAUAAAAUGCUGCUACAGCAGCAAAUUCAGGAAGGCCAUCGUAAAAAGGGCUACCAAAGUCUGGUUGCAGAAAUACAAUUUUUGAUGUUGUAUGUGUGUACUAUGAAGGGUUUGAGAUUAAGAAAAUGCAUCCAUUUUGACAAUGCUGAUUUGAACAAAAUUGCAAUAUGGCAGAAUAUAUCAAAUCGAUUUGCCAUUGCUUUUCUUCUAUUAAAUACUAUUGUUACCAUU